GAGUGACUGGCCUACGCCCAUUGUUCCCGUGAUGAAGAAAGGAAAAAGUGAAGUGUGUAUAUGUGGGGACUUCAAGGUGAGCAUUAAUCCGGUGCUGCGCACAGUGCAGUACCCCCUUCCACGAAUCGAAGACAUUUUCUCAUCAUUGGCUGGUGGGGAGAAGUUUUCAAAGAUCGACUUGUCACAGGCCUAUCUCCAGAUGGAAGUGGAGGAGUCAAGCAAAAAGUUCCUAAUCAUCAACACUCAUAAAGGACUUUACCGAUACAAUCGACUUGUGUUUGGUGUUGCUUCAGCUCCAGCCAUCUGGCAAAGAGCCAUGGAUCAGGUGCUCCAGGACAUACCUGGAACACAAUGCUACCUGGAUGAUAUUAUCAUAACAGGAAAAGAUGAUGAUGAUCAUUUCCAGAACCUGAGCAAAGUACUCACCAAGCUGAAUGAGUACGGCCUACGGGCAAAGAGAGAGAAAUGUGAAUUUUUCAAAAGAGAAAUCUCAUACUGUGGACAUGUCAUCGACAAGCAUGGCUUACAUAAGUCACAAGAGAAAAUUGAGGCAGUGCUGAAAGCACCUAAACCUGAAAAUGUGUCACAAUUGAGAUCGUACUUAGGAGUCCCAGUGAUGUCAGCCGCGCGACUACAGCAAUGGGCCCUGUUGUUAGGAGCACACUUGUAUGACAUCGAGUUCAAGGGGACUAAACAACACUGCAAUGCUGAUGGUUUAUCACGCCUCCCACUGUCAACAACUGUGGAAGAAAUUCCCGGCUGA